AUGCCGUCCUUCGCAAGAGAAUGUAAGCAGAGGCUCUCUCGCGUGCCGCCCAUUCCCGCCCGCACUGAGCUCGCCGGGAAGACGGUGUUGGUUACGGGGGCCAACGUCGACCUGGGUUUCGAAGCCUCUCCGAAUUUCUUGCGGUUGCGGCCAAGCUUGCUGAUCAUGGGCGUGCGCUCGGUGGACAAGGGCGAGGCAGCCGCAGCCGCACUCCGCCGCGAGUUCCCCGACGCUCGGAUUGAGGUGUGGGAGCUCGACAUGGAGUCAUCCCGCUCCCUUGACCGGCUCCACGUCGCCGUGCUCAAUGCGGGCUUGGGUAAACCCAGGUUUGAGCGCGUCGACGAGGGCGGCUGCCAUGAAGUCACGAUCCACCUGAGACCCACCGCUUCUUCGUCUGAGCCUGGUCGUCUAUUCAUCGUCAACUCUGGCGCAAGCCUCGGCCUCACCUUAGAGGACCCCGGCGAUGCUAGACUUCUCGACUCGUUUGAUCAGCCCGGCAAGUUUAAUGGCAUUGGUCAGUAUGGCCUAUCAAAGCUGCUGGUUAUGAUGUUCGUAGCGAAGCCGGCUCGGACCAUCAACCCAAAGGAAGUAAUCGUCAACUGCACUGAUCCUGGCGCGACCAAGGGGACAGCGUUCUUCUGCGAUGUAAACUCGUGGAUCAUAAGCGUUGCUUUACGUGCCUUCGUGGGCCUCAUAGGACGUCAAGCCGCAGAUGCGUCCCGCGUAUAUUUGCAUUCAUCCCUGGUGUUGGGAGAGGAGAGCCAUGAGUCAUGGACUGGUUGGAUCAUUAGAGCCUGGCCAAAGACUAUGUAUACCGACCAAGGUCACCAACUCGGUGAGUGGCUCUGGGACGAGACACUUGAGGAACUCAAGUUUGCUAGUGUUAAAGCUUUAGCUCGAUAG